UCAGAACCCUCAGCUGUCAGUCAGACCAUCCCCUGGCUCCUGAUUGGCCAGUCCCAGCAUGGGGGCGUGUCCAGCCGGCUAGCUUUAAAAGCACAUGGCAGCCAGUUAUUCAGACAGAAUGUGAGAGAGCCCAGACUAGGAACUGCUCCAGCUCCCAGGAGACCUGUCAAUCAAACUGCACACACUGCACACACUGCACUGGAUCUAAUGGGGUCCUCUAUGGAGCUUCACAUCCAGGGAUCAGGUCAGUCCCAUUCUCUGUCACUGGAUUUAACACUGUAUCUAUCAUUGUAUCCAUCUCACUGUAUCAUACUGUAUCCAUCAAUCACUGUAUCUAUCAUUGUAUCCAUCUCACUGUAUCAUACUGUAUCCAUCAAUCACUGUAUCUAUCAUUGUAUCCAUCUCACUGUAUCAUACUGUAUCCAUCAAUCACUGUAUCUAUCAUUGUAUCCAUCUCACUGUAUCCAUCAAUCUCUGUAUCUAUCAUUGUAUCCACCUCACUGCAUGUAUCACUGUAUCAUACAGUACCCAUCAAUCACUGUAUCCAUCACACUGUAACUAUCGCUCUAUCACUGUAUCUUAUCACACUGUAACUAUCGCUCUAUCACUGUAUCUUAUCACUCCAUCACACUGUAACUAUCGCUCUAUCACUGUAUCUUAUCACUCCAUCACAGUGUAACUAUCGCUCUAUCACUGUAUCUUAUCACUCCAUCACAGUGUAACGAUCGCUCUAUCACUGUAUCUUAUCACACUGUAACUAUCGCUCUAUCACUGUAUCUUAUCACUCCAUCACACUGUAACUAUCGCUCUAUCACUGUAUCUUAUCACUCCAUCACAGUGUAACGAUCGCUCUAUCACUGUAUCUUAUCACACUGUAACUAUCGCUCUAUCACUGUAUCUUAUCACUCCAUCACACUGUAACUAUCGCUCUAUCACUGUAUCUUAUCACACUGUAACUAUCGCUCUAUCACUGUAUCUUAUCACUCCAUCACACUGUAACUAUCGCUCUAUCACUGUAUCUUAUCACUCCAUCACACUGUAACUAUCGCUCUAUCACUGUAUCUUAUCACUCCAUCACAGUGUAACUAUCGCUCUAUCACACUGUGUGUAUUGAUGACACUGUGUGAAGGGCUGCAAUAAUCUAUAAAUAUCAAUCUAUGAAUUGCAACUGUUGGAGCAUCUGUUUGCAUUCAGGAGCUUCCUGCAGCUGUUAGCAGGGCAUUCGGUGCUGGACUAUAACUUGGUGACACAAUAUCAAAAUAGGAACUGCACUCCAUCCGCAGAAGUCAAAGGGGGCUAAACUAGAACAUGGGCCAGCACCAGCCCACCAGAAGUCAUACCAUUAACAGAGAAGAGGUCCAGGCACUCCAGUAUCUCUAAGUACUAGAAUCCAGGGAACACUGCAAUCCCUCUUAUUGGUAUAACUCGGUGCUGUACUAUAGCUCAGUGCCGUACUAUUGCUCGGUGCCGUAUUAUAGCUCGGUGCCGUAUUAUAGCUCAGUGCCGUACUAUUGCUCGGUGCCGUAUUAUAGCUCGGUGCCGUAUUAUAGCUCGGUGCUGUACUAGAGCUCAGUGCUGUACUAGAGCUCGGUGCUGGAUUAUAGCUCAGUGCCCUGUGCUUGCACGCUGUGCCCCAGGAUCACAUUGUGGCUAGAAAUGACUAGACUUUGGGGAAUGUUACAUGAUCUUAGAGUCCUGACAGCUGAACCAGUCAAUAGAUGUGAAAUAGUAUUUCUGGAGAACGGUGCUUGCUGCUGGAAACAGUUAAAUUAUCCAGGAGGAGAUUGAGAUUUUACUGUUGAAAUGUGUUUCUGGGUGAUGUAAGCUCGCCCUGCAGUUUCCACAUUAACAUUUGGUUACCAUCUCGCUUACUUCUCCUUUCACGUCUCUUGGGAAAUGUUCCCUCGCUCCCUUCUUCCUCUCUCUCUGUCAGUUUGCGCUCGGUGACUCGGACACCGUCCUGCUAGGAGAAUUGUCCUUAGACACUUUGCCGUCCCACUAGUUGUAGCAGAGAGAUUGUAAUCAAACAGGGACCCCGAGACCAGCUAGCUGGCUAUAUCAUUCAAUACAUAGAAUGUGAAUUAGAUUGUCAGCUCUGGUUGUCUAGAUGACAGAGUCUUAUCAGCUUUACUGAGCUACAGAAUGCGUUACCUUCUAUAAUACCCCAUUUCCAAUAACCAUUAUUAUUGAUAGGUUUAUUGGCUGCAGACUGUAUCGUGCUGUUGGUUACAUGCAGGUAUCGUCCUUACCAUGGUCUUUGUGAAUCGUGUUGUCCCCCAUCCUGUUCCUCUGUGACUUUGGAGUGCUUAUUCACAAAACUCUGAAUUAUAGUGAAUUAAAAUCAGAAUGGCAAUAUUAGCCGAUUAGGAAAAAAAACGAGGCAGUUUGUUUGCCUUGGGAUAUGAUUGAUAGGGUGUCUUACCUUUUCACCUAAUCGAUUAGCGCACGCUCCUGUGACUGGACUCAGAACAAAUCUGCACAGUCAUCGCUAAAAAUCUGCUCUUUUAUAUCAAAUCUGGAAAAAUGAUUCUAAAGUACCUCUGGUUGUCUUUGGGGUGAGGGGACUUGUUUUGGAUCUCAGAUAUCUGCAGCGAGAGAGAAGUUUAACAGGUGCUACUUUAUGGACCUUAGCAUUCCUUUAUAAUUGUUCUUAUUGCAUUGGUAAAUCAACUGUUCCUUUAAUACAGCUGAUCAAAUGACCGUGUUUUACACGAAACAUGCUCUUUGUGGGGUCUGUUUACUGAACACUGAAUGGAACUGAAAACCAAAUUGGGGGGUGGAGGGGAGCAUCAAGUUCUGAUUUGAAAUAUUCGCCAACUCUCCAACAAUCACCGCUUGGAAUUUUCUUGCCUAAAUUUUACAAUUAUUUUUUAAUGUACUAGAGUUUGCUGUUUAGUGAGCACAUACAGUAUAAUUGUCCCCUUUAACAUGACAUUCAAUCGUUUAUUAAGAUUACUGAUGAAUAAGAUUCAUAAUGGGCCCAGAUAUGUGUUCUGUGUGAAUACACAGCCAGACAGACAGAAUGACAGAUAUAUGGAUGGAUAGAUAGGCAGAUAGAGAGAUAUUUGAGUCCUCUUAUUCUAGAAAGCCUGUAAGUUGCUGCACUAUGCAGGUGGCUAGAGUUUAUCCAGAAGCCUCAAUAACAGGAAUCUUGUGUAUAGCUAUUCUAUUUAUCUGUUACAGAUGGAGUGUAUAAUCUCUGUGCAGUGCGCUGCCUCCCAAAUCUCAGUGCCAUGGCAUUUUAGCAGGUGCCCUCUGGGACGUUCCUUGCAGCUUACCACAAGUAUUUAUUCACUAAACAGCGCAUUGUAGUGAAGUGAUAAACAGAUCAUUCAGGCUAAAAUAGCCUUGCUGUGACUGGAGCUAAAUUCGAGAAUUUAUCCAAAUCGACUAAUGCAUUGUAGAGUGCAGUCCAUUGGGAUGUUUAUAUCUAGACUGCAAGCUCUUUAGAGCAGGAUUCUCAUCAACCUAUUUUGUAAUUAUCUCAGCUACUGUUAUAACAUUGUACAGCGCUGCAGAAUAUGGUGGCGCUAUAUAAAUGAUGAUAAUAUUGCAGUUAAAGAAUGUCUCCAUGUUAUGUGGAUAUUAGCCAGCUGCCACACACUGUUUACACAAGGCAGAGGUGCUGGUUUGUUCAGUAGCUCAGUCGCCCAUCGCGUAGCAACGUGAAGGCCUGUGGCGUCACUUUGGGAGAUUGGCUCUUGCCCCAGGGAAUGGGGAGGUCUCAUAGCCCAGUCGUGCGGAAGCAAAGGCCCUCAGGCAGGUAACCAUCAGGGCUAGUGGUAGGCAGGGCUUUCAGCCUUGAACAGUUUCUUUUGGGUGUGAAGACUUGUCAGAUCUUAAUGUGGUGUGCGGACCCUCAGACUCGGUUUAAGUCUAAGGGGUUUAUUCACUAAACAGGCUGUAAAUCAAACUUGUAAGAUUUGGGAUAAUGCUUCAGCUGAGCGUUAUUCUAAUCACAUGUUGCCAUUUAUCACAGUUCAGCAUUUAGUGAAUACAUCCUCAGAACAGGCACAUUGUGAUUCUGUACACACCGUAGCGAUCUGGGGGUGACACAUUGCCCCAGCUUUUGUAGAACUGAAGGCUGGCAAAGCCUCACGGGAGUUGUGGCUUACAAAUGUUUGGGGGUCUAUUUGAAAGUACACGUGGAGGUGUUUGCAGACCCUUUCAGUAUGCAUUCCGCCAGGUUCCGUAUCCCAGUGAAUGUCCGUGUGAGCAGGUGGAACGAGGAGAUCUGUCAUGUCUCAUUGUACUCGAGCACCAAAGUGGGCUGCAUGUCCCAUUCUAAUCCACACAGUGCUAUAAAUAUUUACAUUAUAAUGCAGCCAGUUUAAAUAUUUACAUUCUAUCAGAAAUGUGUGCUACAUCCUUGGAUGGCAGCGCUGCUGUCUGAGCGUCAUGGGAUGUGGAGUUCAGAUGGUAUAUCAUUUUGUUUUCGCUUACUAUCCCAUAUCCGGACCAAUCUGUAACUCCAGAACAAGUCAUUCCUGCCCUGUUUGUCACUCAUCGUCACUGUGAAGGACGCCUUUGGGGCUGAGUGUCACUGUGCUGUAUGGCGGAUUGAGCAGCCCGAGUCCUCUGGGGAAUUCAUAGCAUUUACUCAAUAAUUUGCAGGACAUUGGGCACAAUGAACUCUUAGUGCUCCAGAGGGGUAUAUGAUAUUUCAUUCUCCCCGGCACAUUAAUGGUUACAUGUCCUGAGGACCUUCUAGCACCAAACAUUAUGGGAUUUGACCUCUUUUCACACUCUGCAGGCUAACCCUCUAAUCGCCAGUGGCAUAUCAGACGUGAUGUGGGCCAAAUGUACAAUUGCACUUGUUUUGAACCACUAUUCCCACAAUGCUCUGCUAUCCUUAAGAACCUGCUCUAACCCUCUUUCUUCCAGGGCUCGGAGCUUCUCUGCUUUGGAGAGUAAAUAUUUCCCAAUUUAUCCCAAGUUGUUCUCCCAUUGCGCAUUAUCUGCACUUUGGGAAAACCCAGCAGCAAUUAAUUUAACGAUGUUAACUUUUCCCAAAACAUUAUUUAUGUUUUAACGCUUCCACCCAGCACGUGUUGGGCAUAAACUAUAGUCAAGGGCUGAUCUAUCCUCACCUAUUGAACAUGGCAGGUGUUAUUAAUAGAAUGAUCAGUAUAUGGUGGAAUAAAUCGAGAUUAUAAUCUGAGGAAUUUAACAAGUUAUUUUUCUACACUGGGAACAGGAGCGAAGCAAGGUUUCAUAACGGCUCCCGUGAGAGCCAAAACAUUGAUUUUGUGAUAAAUUGCCCCAUUACCCAAUCUGUGGGUCCUGUCGUGGACAUCGAUCAUUACGCAAUUAUCACAUUAGCCCCAUUCAGUGAUAUCGAUAUUGGAUAGAUGCAUGCAGUGUUUUAAGAGUCUCCUACAAAAUGUUUGGUGUAUAAAAUCACAGAAAUACACCUUAUUUUCCAUGCCACUUCUCACAGCACAACUCAGUUCUUCUCUCCUAUUCACACUGUAAAUCACAGGCUCUAAUAUAUUUCACUCAUUGCUGAAAAUUUACUCGGUGGAGUUUUUAUUCACCUAGUGGCUAUUGAAAUUUUAAUUUAUUCAACAUAGCUCUGACAUAGGCCGCAGAGCUGUGCAAUAGGAGAUGCUAUCAUACUUGAGUAGUGAUUACAGUCUGUCCAAGGUGUUAUUCACAUGUAGUGACAUGUCUAAACACAAUAUUGAUGAUUUGAGACUCCUGAAACCAUGUGCUUCUCACAGAUUGGGCUCUGUUGUGUGUUACCUAUUGAAAUCCUUUUUGGAGCUGGUGGGAGUAUGAAACUCACCAUUUAGUGAAUACAUCCUAUGUUAUAGAGAUCCAUUUAUCUAUUAAACCCCCUUUGUACGCUGACAGAUUUUACACACAUUGUAGCUAAUGGCGUCCCCUGAAAUCACAUCCUAAGAACCACAUCCAGAAUGUAACUGGAAUCAGAACACAUUCAAAUAUGGAAUAUUGCCUUACAAUUAUUUAUAUAGCGCCAACAUGUUCCGCAGCGCUGUAAUAAGCCAUGUUUAAUAUUCUUGGUAACAUAAACGGCACUGAGAGGCUGAGCAAGAUGGCGGCUCAGAUAACUUAAUGUGUCAGAGGAAGACUACGAAAACUUCUUCCAUUAUCAACAUACCUCCCAAGUGUCCCUAUUUAGCACCCAAAUCCCUCUGUCUCUCUUUUCUCUUCUAAUGUCCCUCUUUUCUAUGAGCUCCAUAUUGUCGGUGUGUCUGAGUGUAUAACAGAGCUCCACAGCAGUAAUACUCCCAGUAAUGUGUCUGAGUGUAUAACAGAGCUCCACAGCAAUAAUACUCCCAGUAAUAUGUCUGCAGGUAUAACAGAGCUCCACAGCAAUAAUACUCCCAGUAAUGUGUCUGAGUGUAUAACAGAGCUCUACAGUAAUAAUACUCCCAGUAAUGUGUCUGAGUGUAUAACAGAGCUCCACAGCAAUAAUACUCCCAUUAAUGUGUCUGAGUGUAUAACAGAGCUCCACAAUAAUAAUACUCCCAGUAAUGUGUCUUAGUGUAUAACAGAGCUCCACAUCAAUAAUACUCCCAGUAAUGUGACCAAGUGUAUAACAGAGCUCCACAGCAAUAAUACUCCCAGUAAUGUGUCUGAGUGUAUAACAGAGCUCCACAGCAAUAAUACUCCCAGUAAUGUGUCUGAGUGUAUAACAGAGCUCCACAGCAAUAAUACUCCUAGUUUGUCUUUAAACUACAAUAAAUGUGUUUAGAAAUCAGUCUGUCAAUAAAAUACAUGGUUCUUGUUAUAAAUUACAUUUUAGUUGCAUACAUUGUUAUUAAUAACCUACAGUGUAUCAGCCCCCUGGCCACACCCCUACAAUUAAAAUGUCUCUGUUUUUGCAUGUGAAAUAUUGGGAGGGGAGAGGGGGUUAUAUAGGGGUGAGCUCUAAACAUGGCUUGCUGACAGAUGUUAAUGGCUAAUAGGCUCACCUAAUCACUCAGUGAUUUAUGGAGCUGGUGGAUCUUACUGGAGGCUAAAUUCUCUGUCUGGUUAAUUGCUGUUGUGCUAGUUUAACCCUCGAGUAAAACAACGAGAUAAACUUCUUUAUCUGGUUCUGUGACAUUAACCGUAGGCCAACCUGUUACAUUUGAAGACUAGUUGUUGCGUUGCAUGCAUUCAUGUCUUCAGGCCAUUUCUUUGUUGUCUGCGAUGCUCUGCACACUUACACAGCACAGAUAGACAUACGCCUUCGGGGGGGGGAAAAUAGCGAGAGAGUCUGCUAACCCAGUACCUACCUCAGGUGACAUGCUGCGGAGAAUCAGAAAGGAAUAAAAACAUAAAUCUAGUUAAUCACAUACAUUUUACAAAAAAAAAAAACCCAACAUAUUGUUCUCCGAUAUAUCUCUGACUUAAUAAAAUGUAAAUGCGCUUUGUAAACAGUCACCGCCGACUGCUCCUGCAUCUACUGCUUGAUAAAUGCUGACUGCUGGCUCCACCCACUUCCAGUGGCGAUUUGAAGCGUUCCAACCCAACAUCUUGCAAGUACAUUCUCUGCUGCGCAUAACACGCUAACUGAUUGCUUCACUAUAUUUUUACCAUUUGUUCUGCAUUAUUUUAGCAUGCUGGCUGCUUUCACAUUUAAGAACACAUACUAAUGUGCUACACUUUGUUUGGUGAGCAAUGAUUUGGUGCACAUUAUUAUUCACUGCUUUCAUGCAUGUGAUAUUCUUUUAUCUCCCUAACUUUUCGAUAGGGUGUGUGUGUGUGUGUAUAUGUAUGUGUGUAUGUAUAUAUAUAUCUAUCUCUAUAUAUCAGGUUUUUAUUUUAUUUAUUUAUGCAGAAUUGACAGAGCUGAUCACUUGAAAUAGUGAAAGGUUCUGAGCUGAGGGUCACUGCAACGCCUGAAAUUAAUAGUCUAAAAGUACAACAUCUUACUAUUGAUAUUAAAUCUCUCACUCACGAUAUGGAAACGCUGAGAUAUAGAAGAAAAUGCUUUUAUAAACCUGUAAAAUACCUGCACCAUCUACUGGACACAGUUCAUACUGUAAAAAUAAACUGAACCGAUUAGAUUGUAAGCUCCUCUGGUGAGACUAUAAAUGUAGAGACCCACUUUACCCUGUAAUGUUAGUGAGCCAUUUAUCAGGGUUUAACAGCAUUUCUUGGGGAGUGUGGGAUUUUGGGUCACAAGCAUGAACAAUUCCUGCUGAGGAGGGCCACUUGGUGGGUAUAAUUAAAUUGGUCAGCAGCAGAUACUGCGCCCCAUGUGUCCCUUCCUGCCACCGACAGAUCUGGUUCAGGGAGUCUCUGACUUUAAAAAACCCACUCUAUAAAAAGUUGGACAUUGCUGCGUUCUUCCAUUCUUUGUUUAUUGUAAGGACUCCAGAAUAAAAUUUCUCUGGAAAGAACUGUGGAACUAUGGCUAUUCGCAUCCCCUCCUCGAUGUACUUGCGUGAGAAUACAGAAAAGAGCAGAAUGAUCUGCAGACAUUGUGUCACGUAAGGACCACUGUCAUUCCAAAGGGUCAUCUUGUGGCUAAUGGGUCCCAGAGGAAGCAGUGGCAAUGUCAGUGCUGCAGACGUAUAAUAACAGUAGUAAUAAUUAGAAGAAUAAUUAAACCUCAAAGUAUCCUCUAUGUUCAGCUCACUGACAAUCAAUUACAUGAUCCCAUGUCGGCCAAGUGGCUAAGCAGCUGCCAGCCGUUGCACAAUCAUUUGGAAAAGAAGGGGUUAACUGCCAGAAUGGGAAUUCUUCCUCAAUGUUCUGAAAUAUUGUUCCAACCUUGCUGACUGUAUUCACUUUACACAUACACAGGUAAUAUAGACAUGGGGGAAAUGAACCCUUUAAGAACCCAUGACAGUCCCUGCACACACAGACUCUGGACAUAAGGUGCACAUAAUGCACGUUUCACGGUCCUUUACCACUUAGAAGUUAACUAUUUCAGUGCUAUGUCAGCACCCUUUAGUGUCCACUCUUCUUUCAUCCCAAUAAGCCCUCCAAAUACAGCUAAUCAGUAUAUAGAAUAUAUAAAAUGCCUUUUGCGUGAAACAAUUUAAAUUGUGGGUGGCGAUAGGUUAUUUCUGUUCCUUUAAUGAAUACGCUUGUUAUCUCCCAUUUAACCAACAGCAGAUGGUUCUAUUCUGGGAAACUGGUGAUUCGGCAAAUGCAGAAUCCUCAUCAGACUCACGAUUUGAUAAAUCUCUCAGAGCUACCCUGAGUUCAACGCCCAUUGAUUUUACUGACUUCAAGCAAAAUACUUAAUAGCCACAAACGUGUCAAGUAUAAGCAUUGGCGGCUCCCUUUAUAGUGCAUGCUCUCCACUUCCUGCGCAGCCUGUGGUUAAGUGCAACAAGGCACAAAAUGAUUCAUGUGGGUUUUUUUGGGGGGAGGGGGGGAGGUAUCCAAUGCCUUCUGUUAGCAUUACCCCUCCCUAUUCCCCUGACACCGGCGCCUUGUUCCCUUACUCUAACCAGUUUAAUAGGUCUUGACCGGUUUGGGAGAUCUCAUGUGGAUGCAUGUCUGCAAGUUUCCAUGAGGUGAGAGAUUUUGGAAGCUCUGGGAGGACUUAGCAGGUCCUGUUUCUAUUAGCCCAUACACCAGGGUGAUCAUUUGGACACAACUCUGUGUAAAUCUCCAAAUGUAUGAAUAAACUCGUUGAAACCAUACAGAAUAUAAACACACCUGCUGCUUUUUGUUUUUUUAAAUGCACAGCUAUAAAUAACAGAGAAUGAUAUCAUUUUCAAUAUCACUCUGUUCUCUGCUGUAAUGGAAACAUAUUUUUGGAAGCAUAAAAUUGUUAAUUGUCAUAGAAACCAUGUUCUUCUUAUUUAUUUAUUUAUUUUCUGUUUUCUUACUAUGGGCAAAUGAUUUGCGUCUUUCUUUAUCGGUUUCAUUUGGAGCUAUUUUAUCUCUGCACAUUUUGUCCUUCCCAGACUGGGUCUCAGCUCUCGGGUGUUAAUUAUAUAUCACAUCUUAAUAAAAAAAUGCUGUAAAUGAACCGACCCUGUGCUUUUCAUUGCUACUUGAGGUCUUGGGCAUUAUGUUAAGCGAUUGUCACUUGCUAAAUUUAAAUAUGAUAUGGUAUAAACAAAUAUAUUUCUCAUAUAGAAUUACAAUUCUGAAAACCAAUGUUUUUGGGUAUGCUAUGCUGGGCUUUAUGGGACAUGUAGUUCAGUGAACAGAGUAACUCCAUUUUCCGAUUUAUGAUUUUUAAAUAUAAUAGCAUGUGAAAUUGAAGUGAAUCUGCUACUUAUAACUAGUAUGAACUAUUUUUAUAAAGUGGGCUGCUUGGGACCAAAGGUGAAUGUGAAAACAUGUGAAGUAUUUAAUUAUAUAUUUAACAUGUAGAUAUAAUCCUUGUAUUGUAUAUUGAUGAAUGUUGUUUGUAGGGAUCCGUUUUCAAGAUGUGUUUAAUUCAAUACAGGUAGGGGCAUAAGUGAUAAAUAUUUUCAUUUCUAUUUACAUUUGAUUUAACAUCAGAUAUAUUUUCCUUUCUUUCCAGGACAAGUCUACAUGACGAUGACCGUCUGGUGACACAACUGCAAAUGCCAGAAGAUCUUCCUUGGUAGCACCAAGGCUCGACAGAGAAAAGUAUCUCUUCAUAAUUUUUUUCCCCCUGUGUGUGUUUCCAUCGAGCGUUCAAAACUGUUUCUCCAAAGAGUUUUGCAGAAACUAAGACUGUUUUCAAAAGCAGAAGCACCGCAGUCCACAACAGAAGUGAUGGGCAGCGUGCGAACCAACCGUUACAGCGUUGUGUCUUCAGAAGAGGACGGGAUGAAGCUUGCCACCAUGGCAGUAGCCAACGGGUAUGGUAACGGCAAGAGCAAAAUUCAUACCCGUCAACAGUGCAGGAGCCGCUUUGUCAAGAAGGAUGGACAUUGCAACGUUCAGUUCAUCAAUGUUAGUGAGAAGGGACAGCGAUAUCUAUCUGAUAUUUUCACCACAUGUGUGGACAUUCGUUGGCGAUGGAUGCUAGUCAUCUUUUGCCUGGCUUUCAUCCUCUCAUGGCUUUUCUUUGGCUGUGUCUUCUGGCUAAUUGCUCUCCUUCAUGAAGACUUGGGGGCUCCAGAAAACCACAAACCGUGUGUCACCCAAGUCAACAGUUUCACUGCAGCCUUUCUUUUCUCCAUCGAGACUCAAACAACCAUCGGUUAUGGCUUCAGGUGUGUUACAGAUGAAUGCCCAGUUGCAGUGUUCAUGGUGGUUUUCCAGUCUAUUGUUGGGUGUAUUAUCGACGCGUUCAUCAUCGGUGCUGUAAUGGCUAAAAUGGCAAAACCAAAAAAGAGAAAUGAAACCCUUGUUUUUAGUGACAACGCUGUGAUUGCAAUGAGAGAUGGUAAACUGUGUUUGAUGUGGCGUGUUGGUAAUCUCCGGAAAAGCCACCUUGUAGAAGCUCAUGUUCGUGCCCAGCUUCUCAAAUCCCGCAUCACUUCAGAAGGAGAGUACAUCCCAUUAGAUCAAAUAGAUAUUAAUGUUGGCUUUGACAGUGGAAUAGACAGGAUUUUCUUAGUUUCCCCAAUUACCAUUGUCCAUGAAAUUGACGAAGAUAGUCCUUUAUAUAAUUUAAGCAAACAGGAUUUGGACAAUUCUGACUUUGAAAUUGUUGUAAUACUAGAAGGGAUGGUGGAAGCUACAGCUAUGACAACACAGUGCCGGAGCUCCUAUCUAGCAAAUGAAAUAUUAUGGGGCCAUCGAUAUGAGCCGGUUCUUUUUGAAGAAAAGUGUUACUACAAAGUAGACUAUUCAAGGUUCCACAAAACCUAUGAAGUGCCCAACACCCCUCUUUGUAGUGCAAGAGACUUGGCAGAAAAGAAGUUCAUUCUAUCGAACACAAACACAUUUUGCUAUGAAAAUGAAGUGUCACUAACCAGUAAAGAAGAAGAAGGCAGUGACACUGGGGUACCAGAUAGCAUGAGCACAGAUAUGCAUCCUGAGAUGGACCAUCACAACCAAGUUCCUCUUGAGCCUCGCCCUCUGAGGCGAGAAUCGGAAAUAUGACUCCUAAACUGCUAUCUUCAGCUUAUCAAAUUGGUUUGUCAGCACCUAAUGCUGAAUAGGGGCCCAACGCAGUUUUCAGAUGUCGGUACUGUUAAACAGAGGUAUCAAAGCAACCGGCAACCAUCGCUAAGAUGAAAGCAAUUGCAGAUAUGAAAGAUUUGGGUUGAGGCAAAUUAUGUUGGAACAUUGCGUUUCACAUCACUGGACAAAAGUCCCUCAAUGCAUUGUGAUACGUGGCAAUGUUCUACGCAGGGAAGCUCCAGACGCAUUGUGGUAGAUCACAAAACAAUCACUGUAGAUUGUCGCUCCAUCUAUUGGUCUCCACGUAAACCAAGUAACUUCAGAUCACCCCCAAUUCUACGCUGGGUGUCCUUAGUGCGAUGAAUACAAUAUGUUUAAAUGGUUGGACUGCCGAGACUGAGCACAAAAUUUUUUCAAAUCUAACCAGAUGGCACAUAAUGUAAAAUUUGUGUACAUUGUUUUGACAAAACUUGAACUUGCAGACAAGCUUGUUUAGUUUUCAACUUCUCUGUAAUAUUGGGAACAAGUCCAUUUUUAAUGGCAUAACAGUAGGCAAUCAUCUGCCUUAAAAUUUAAGCUGCUGCUAUAUUCACAUACACCCGUUCAGUUCUGCUGAGGGGUACAUUUUGUGUUUCAGUGUUUUUAGUUGUUUUGAAGGAAAUAGACGAUACAGUGAUAAGCUGGCUGUUGGCCAACAAAAAUGCCAAAUUUUGCAAGAAAAAUGUCUAUAGAAUGUGUGUGUGUGCAUAUGUUUGUCUGUGUGUAUUUUAUGUUAUUUCAGCCACGAAUGGCAAGUCCAGCCAAUGAUACUUGCAUUGUGAGAGUAGCCUGGAGACCAUUCGGGGGUUAUUCAAAGGUUGCAACCUUUUUAUUCUUUAACCUACACAGACUAUGUACUAAAUCUGGUACUACACACGCAGCCUGGAGCUUUGGCAAACCUUGGUACAUCUCUCUAAAUGAGUGGUAGGUAAACUCUAGAGAUUAAGUUCAGAUUAUAUUUUUCUAAUUAAAAAAGACAAAAAAACAAACCCUUUUCUAAGCGUAUACCAAAGGAAAUGCUGUUUGAUCCUACUCCUAGCUGAGUGUGAAAAUAGCUGUAUUUAAAUUUACUUUUCUAGUGAUAGAUUUUUAUUUUGUUUAGAAAAAUAGAAAUCUAAAGCUUUGCCAGAUCAUUACUGUUACAUAUUUAUUAAAAAAAAAAUGUUCACAUAAGAUCUUUUUAUAUGUAGACAAAGGGGUAGGAAGGAUCUCUUUUGAUGAGGCAAAAAUAUCUGAAACAUCUGUUCUUUCCUGUUUAUGACAAUUAAAAAAUAGAAGAAAAGGUCAAAUGUUUUGAGGACAUUCCACGUAUACUUUUAAUAAUUGAAACAGAAAAUAGUUUAAUAUAAUAUAGAUCAGUAUAAAAAAUAGGCUGGUGCCAUCACUUGUUUCCAGAAUUCCAAAUACUAAAGUGAAAUAUCCUUAGGUUAGAUCAGUUCUCAUUGUUGGGGCACGACUAGAUCAUAUUUUGGGAUAAUAUAUCUAUUUCCCAGGGUGUUGCAAUGAGAUAUAGCUGCUAUGUAUCAUGUGGAGGCUUGAAAAGAGAGGGAGUUUAUUUCCGCAAAAAGGGAGAGGCGAGGAACCGAUUGAUCUUGUAUCAAAAAAUACAAAAAUGUUGGAAAAAGAGAAUCUUAUUUGGAACUGGUGGAACACACUGGAAAAAAAAUAUUAUUUGGAGCAGAUGAUACUGUAAAAGGCUCGCUAAUAAUUGUAAACACAGAAAAGUGAAACCUUUGAUUCAUUCCUUUAGAUUGGCCGGGAAAGUCUUUGGUAUGAAGCUGCAUAUGUCAAGCAUAUUGACAUUUUUCUCUGUGUCAGUUGAGAAGGGCAGCGUUAGACCUCAAAUAGCUGCAUCUGGCAUGCUUGCCACAGACUAUACAGUCUAAAAAUACAGACGUCACGAGAGGGUGGGCUCGAUUGGAGCAUGUGAACCUCAAGGUGACUUUAUGUUUCAUACUGUAAUUAAGGUACUUUGAAUAGUUUUUGUUUUUUUAACUUAAUUAAAUUAGGAAAUUGCUAGGCUUUUAAAAACAAAUUAUCAGAAACAUAUUUUUCAUAUUUUGUAAAGAC